AUGCGAGUUCUUGUUAUUGGUGCAAGUGGCCGGACAGGCAAACUAGUCCUCGAGGGCUCCAUAAUCGAGGUACCAGGGCAUCAUACCACAGCACUUGCCCGCGACCCGCCAGCAUUGGAAGGGUACAAGGUGAACAUCGUGAAAGCUAUGGAUGUCAACCCAAUUUAUCUGUGA